AUGUUUUCUAAAAAUUCACAAAAUGUUACAGUUAAAUCAUCAAUACAAAAGAAAUAUCAAAAUGAAACUGGUGUAAAAUAUAGAUUUGAUAGAAACCAAUAUGCAGAAUCAAUUUUAUUACCACAAAUAACAUAUAAUAAUAAUUGUAAUAAUGAAAAAUACUUUAAAGAUAUAAUCAAAAAAGAAAUUAAACCAAUUCUCCUAUCACUAUCAUUUUUAAUAAAAAACUAUAAAGAAAAACAACAACAGCAACCAGAUGAUCAAUUAAUUCUAUAUUCAGAAAUCAAUAGUUUAAAUAAUUUAACUAAAAAAUGUAGCGAAUUAUUUAAUAAUUUAAUAAACCAGUACAACAAUGAAUAUUUAAUAAUAAAAUCAAUGUUCAAAUAUAUAGUUUGUAAAUCAUUAUUUAAAAAAACAACUUUGUAUAAUAAGGAUAGUUUUAGUAAAUUAAAGCCACAUUCAAAUAUCAACUUUCCAUCAGAUUGGAGUAGUAUAGAAUUUAAACAAAAUAGCGACUAUCACUUCAUCCUUCCAUUAAAUUGCUUUUUAUACUUUAUUGAAAAGUUAGAUUUAUCCAAUAACUUUACAGAGUUGUUAAUAAUAAACUAUAAAAGUGACAGUAAUAAUAAUAACCAUGAUAACAAUAGUACCCUCAUAUUAGUAAAUCCUUUCGACCAAUUUAUAAAAUCAAUUAAAAUCAAAACCUCCACUAAUGGGAUUAAUAUAGGUUUAAUGAAUACUUUAUUCAGUUUAAUAUUUACAAACAACAAUAAUAGUGAAAUAAUAAACAAUAUAAAUAAUAAAGUAAUAAUAUUAGAAUUUUUUAUUGACUCAAUUUUAAAUGAUGGCAUCGAUAUUAUAAAAUCAACACCCAAUAUUAAAUCAUUUCAAUUUCAAUUUACAAUCAGCUAUUUGAAUACACUAGUUGAACUAUCGGAUAUCACCAUCUCCACUCCCAACCCCACCAUCACAGAUAAAUUAAUUUUUUUUUUAGAAUCAUUUUAUAAUAUAAUAUUUAUCAAAUGGGAAAAAAAAAUAUUUGAAUUAUAUCCACUCAAGCUAUUUCAUAGUAGACUAUUUAAACUUCACACAAUAUUAAAUAAUAAUAAAUUUCAAAAUGGUUUAAUUGGUAUUUUAAAUUUUAGCUUAUAUUCCCUAGUUAAUAAAGAUCAAAAUAAUAAUACAGAUAAUAAUACAGAUAAUAAUUAUCAAAUAGAAGAAAUAAAUACCGAAACUAAAGAUAUUAAUAAUAAUUUUAAAAUUUUCAACUAUUACAAUUUUUUACACUAUUUUAAUAAUAACGACUCCAAUAAAGAUAUAUACUAUCUAUAUGGUAAAAUUUUAAUAAUACUUAGAAGAUAUUUAGACAACUUACAAAAAGAUAUCUCUUUAGAAAACCUUAAACAAAUCAAACAACCAUUAAAUUUAAUAAUAUCUAUACCGUUUCACUUAAAUAAAAUUAAAUUAUUAAAUAAUCAAAUCGAAAACUAUUUCAUGAUAUGGUUCCAAGAACUACUACCAAUCGCUAUAAAAGUAUUUGACAGCAACUACACUAUUUCAACAUCUUCAUCCACCUCCUCUACACUCUUUUUAGAAGAAAUUAAAAACUUAAUAUAUAUAAUGAUUUACAUUUCAAAAUUUUAUAAAACCAAACUUAAUCUCUUAAACUAUAAUCAAGUAUCAACCUAUUUGGUGCAUUGGUUUUUAUCAUCUAGCUUACCAAACUUAUCAACUCAGUUCUUAAGAGAUUUAAAUCAUCAAAUCGUAGACAUUGGCUCUGAUAUAAUACAACAAAUUAAAGAAACUGAUAAAUCAUCAUCACCACAAUCAAUUCAGUCACUAUUAAAUAAAUCAUUAAACCAAUUAACUUUGAAUAUAAACCAACAGCAACACGCCCAAGCACAAGAAAACGAAGAAACCAAUGAACAAAAACCAACUCAAGAAGAACCAAUCACAGCAGAUUCAACCGAAAAUGAAUUAAAAAUUUUAGAAAAUUUAAAACUUAUAUCAUUCUUAGAUUUACCAUUAUUAUUAAAUAGAGUUUUAAAAUCAAUUUUAAAAAACAAAGGUCAAUCUAAAUUUUUUAUAGAACUAUUAUUUAACAAAUUAUAUAUAUCAACCGAAAGUAUAUUUGAUUCUAUCUUGGAACUUUUCUUGCCAAACAAUGAAAUGGUUGGAGGUGCAACUUUAUUUUCAAAUGACUCAACCAUUUUUAAUUUUAAAUCAUUUUUCAACUUUAUUUUAAAUCAUAUAGAUAAUAAUAACAUCAAUAGCAAUAAUAGUAUAGAUAAUAAUAUUAUAAUAUAUAGCUAUUUAAAUUAUUUAAAAAAUUUAAAUAUUAUCUUUGUCAAAUUCAUAACCCCAUUUCUAAAAACCUUUAAAAAAAAUUCAGACGAACCAAAUCAACUACAUUUAUUUUUUGAAAUUUUAACAAUUUAUUUAAAUCAACUAAGCAAUAUCCACCCAACCACAUUAAAUAAUAAUCCUAUUAACAACGAAGUUAAUAACCAAAAACUAUUACUCAGAGAUUUCUUUUUAGAUUUUUUAGAAACUAUAAACUAUCAAUUUAUAAAUAAUAAACAUACUCAAAACUCUCCAAUAUUUUUAGAACUAUUUUAUAAUUUAAUAGAAAACUUAAUAAACUAUUUAAAUAAUAAUAAUAAUAAUAAUAUUAUAGAUUUAGAAACAAUUUUAAAAAAUAUUAAAUUUUUCAAUCUUGACUGGAAAUUACAAUUUAGAAUUUAUAAUUUGUUAAACAGCAGUAUUGACAACGACAACAAUCUAUUUUCAAAUUUAAGUUUAAAUAAACUAUUAUCAUUAGAGUCGAUUUGGGAUAAUAACGAUAGCAAUAGCAUAAAUAACAAAGUAAUAGAACUAUUUCAAAUUUCGAAUUUAUUCGAAAUCUGUUUUGUUUCCGAAAACUAUUUAAAUCAAAUUAUCAAAAGUUUACUUGUAAAUAAUGAUAAAAGCAAUAAUAUUUUAUUUACAAAAAACAAAUAUAAAUUUAAAAAACUAAUUUUAAUUUAUUUAGUAAAUAAAUUACCAAAUUCACCAAGCUACUACUACAAAUAUUUAAUUAAUAACAUUUUACCAGUUUUAAUAAAAAAUAAUUUAAUCGAUACUCAAAUAGAACCAAAGGAAAAUGAUUCACAAGAAAAAUCAAUGUUUUUAUAUCAACUUUUAAAAAACUUUUUGAAAUUUAAUAGCUUUACAAUUAAUCAAGAUCAAGAAUUAAACUCUAUCAUUCAAAUAAUUUAUUUCUUAAAACAAAUAUCAAUUUUAUAUCAAGAUUUAUUUAUAAACGAUAAUGAAAGUAAAAACUUUGGUCAAGAGGAAUUGCUAUAUAAUUUAAAAAUAAUUUUAAAAUCUAUUAAAAUUUUAUUAACUUUCAAUUAUUUCAAACAAUUUGAAUUAUUUUUCAUUAUAUCAUUAAGCUUAAUCAAUAUCUAUGAAAAUAAAAAAGAAGAAAAUAAAGAAAAAACUAAAAUUUUGAUGGAAAAUUGCAGAAACACACUGACCCGUGCUUUAAAUUUACUUAAGGAUAAAAAACUAGAAAACGAAGACAAUCAAAUUAUAAAUGAUAAACUAAACACUUUAUUAAAUAAACUAAAAUAA